CAUAAACAGUGACUGAAUUGUAAAUAAACGAGUCAUUCAUGAAAUGAGGAAAUGUUUUGAGUUUUCAUCAGUUUUUCAAUCAUCUGUUCAACAGAUCCCAAGCCAUGGCUGAACUCAAGAACAAAGACCCGGAGCUCAUCACAAACACCAUCGCUAUUGUCGGCCAUUUGUUCGUGAACUACGGGUGGUAUGUGUUGACCGUCAUCAUCAUCGGUGUCCUCGUUUACCACAAGUUCUUGCGUCCACUUUGGGAUCAAAUGGCUGAACGACGGGAACGCAUGAGUGAGGAUCCGGACGCGAGUGCCAGACGUCAGGAGCAGAUGGAUGCGGCCCGUCGUCGACAGCAAGAGAUUUACGACAAACAGAGACAGGAAUCCGAGCGCAAAGAGCAGGAGAAGCAGACGGAGAGACAGAGACAGAGGAAUGAAGUGAUCAAUAGUGUGGACAACAGCGCAGACAUCGCCAAUGAGUUGCGGAAGAGACAGAUGAGGCCAUUGAGAGACAACUCAUUCAACCCUUUGAUGGGCUCUUCGAGCGGCGCUUCCUAUCGACCGUCGCGUCCGGCGUGCGGGCCGUCCGGUGGCGGCGGAUGAGGUUAAGCGGUCAGCGCCGGACGUUAUCGCCAUACUUGACAUCCGGUGCUGACUGUUAUCCAUGACUCGCAUCAAUGCUAUUCAUAUGACGUCUAAUUCAUAAAGUUUUACACAAAACACGAAUUAAUGACUGAAGACAAUGGCAUUGAUUUCGAUGUCUUUUUGCGGCAAUUGUUUUGUAUUCAAAGCCAAUGUCUUAUAUUUUGUACAUUUGUAUAGUUUAUGUAAAUUAAAAAUCAAAUCCAAUAAAACUUUAGGC